AUGGUGCACGCCCUAACUGGACAUUGCCCGUCUCCCUUCUUGCAGGAGACGUUAUUCCCUAACGACGAGGGAUUUAUCGGUGGUCGCUUUUGCGAGAAACUCACUUUGGGCAACAGCACUUAUUCCUGUUGCUUGCCAUGUCCUCUCGCCGAAUGGAGAUAUGAUACUGACUUGGAUGAUAAGAUCGCCGUCACAAGUUGGAUUAGCGUCGCCAUUCUCCCUCUAUGUAUCUUCUUGUUGAUCUCCUACGCCGUGCUACCUGUCAAAUGGACUCACCGUCAUUACCUGAGUGUCUGCUUUACGCUCGCCUUCAUUAUCCCCCUCGGUGCCAAACCAAACCAGUGCCACAAUGCAAUCACCCCUAAUGAUAUGCGCUCCGAUCUUUCCUGUGCCUUCUCCGGAUCUUUAUUGCUAUUCGGAGGCUGGCUAGUGGUUAUCUGGAGUUUCAUCCGCACAAUGGCCUUCCACCUACAAGUCUGCUGGGAAAGAGUUCUAGGGCCCAAGUUCAUGUGGACCGCCUUUGUCUGCGGAUUCGGGAUCCCAGCCAUCGGAAUGACAGUUAUGCUGAUCCUGACCGGGGUGUCAUUCCGAUUCGGCGAAAUCUGCCAUAUCAACGUAACCAACGGACUAUACGACUACUGGAUCCCAGUCAUGAUCUUCGCCGCCGCAGCCCUCUUCUUCCAACUAUCAACAAUGAUCUACUGUACCCACAUCUACCUCCGCUCCCUCUUCGACAAAUCCGCCUCGACAUCAGGCAGCUCCGGCGCCAACCUCCCCUCCUACACAGCUAGCAUCGGCACCGUGACAGCCCGACAAGCCUAUCGCCGCGUCCGCCGCGUCCUGAAACUCCAAUGGCGCGGUAUCGCCCUCACUUCAAUCAUCCUCGGCAACGUAAUCUUCUUCGCCGUCGUCUUCAUCAACCUCGACAAUGCCGUCGCCCCAACAGCAGAAAACGUCAAAACCGCAACCCCCUGGCUAAUGUGUCUCGCCCAAACCGGCGACAAAGACCUCUGCCGCAGCUACGCCGCAGCCAUCGGCCCUAACGAAGCAACCCUCCUAGCAGUCGUCAUUCUCCUCUCCCUCGUCGGCUUCUGGAACUUCAUCCUCUUCGCCCGCCCCUCCAUGUUCGCCGGGUGGGUAGAUCUCUUCCGCACCAAACUAGCACAGCGCAACGAAUUCGUCUCUGUAGAUGCAAACACCCGCUUCGCCAGCAACAAGGGCUUCGAAAUGCUCACCACCUCUGUGAAAUCACCCGACACCUUCAUGCGCUCACCAAGCCCAACACGAACGGGCCCUGACCGCAACGCGUUCAUGCGCUCACCAAGCCCUACCCAAAUGGGCGCGACAGACCGCAGCGCAUUCAUGCCCUCGCCGAGCCCUACACAGACUGGAUUUGGCCGCAGUCCGACCAGCCCCAGCCCGAGCAUGGACCGUACCCAGGUCGCUCGCGAGGCCCGCUAUGUGCGUCCCUCAUUGAGUUUUUCCGGGCCUAGGCCGCCUAGCUCGUUACAUAGUGCGCGCGAGUGGGAUCCCCAGUCUUCCUUUGCGCCGGGGUAUGGACGAGUGUAA